AUGGAUCUCGACAGUACGUUUGGUGAUUCUGUUCAGUUACUUGUAACGCACGACGGAAAACCUGCCGAACGUAUCGUUGUAUCUCCUACUGGCACUAUCUAUAACGAUUUUGACGACGUCCGACGCUUCAAGGAUGCUGCUUAUGCUGCUGGUAUCAAGGCUCUCAAGGCAGGCAUGCGACGACCUCUUGUCUGUUUUGCUGAUGAACCUAGCUCUUCCUUGGCCUGGUCCUUUGAUGCAGACCAAGACGAUUACCAACAUUUUGCCGCUGUAGCCUUGAUGGGUCUGUUCGAAUCCACGUUUGAACCUGUGGAUGUCCGUCAACAUGCUGCUCGCACUCAGGCAACCAUCAGAACAUUUGAAUCUCUUGGAUUUGUGGCUGAUGUGGAUGCUGAAACAGUCAAAACCAUCAAGGCCUGUGAAAUGGGCCGUCGUGUGGCAAAGGAUAUUGGUAACCCGGACCCAGAGAUCAUGUCACCCAUCCAUAUCACAGAGUACAUUCAAGAGCAAUUCAAGGAUGUAGACAAUAUCAAGCUGACAAUCAUUGACGAUGUCGAUGUCAUCAAGAAGGAAUAUCCUUUGGCUCAUGCUGUCACUCGUGCUUCCUUGGCUGUGCCUCGUCAUCAUCCUCGCUUUAUUCUCUUCGAAUACUCUUCUCCUGAUCAAUCUCAAGUGAAAGAAAAUCUUUAUUUUGUAGGUAAAGGUGUAACAUAUGACACAGGUGGAGCUGAUAUCAAGUGCAGUGGACAUAUGAGAGACAUGUCUCGCGAUAAAUGUGGUGCUGCUGCCGUUGCUGGAUUCUUUAAGACAGUCUCUUUGUUGGCUCCUACCAAGGUCAAUGUGACAGGUGGCCUUGCUUUAGUGAGAAACUCGGUUGGCCCUGAUAUGUACGUGAGCGAUGAAAUCAUUGUUGCUCGCAGUGGCAAACGAGUCAUGGUUGGUAACACAGAUGCUGAAGGCCGUAUGGUGAUGACAGAUUUGCUGUGCCAGUUUAAGGAAAAAGUCCUUGAGCACAAACAAGCCAAUACCCCCUCGUCUGCCGCACCUUCUUUCCUUUUCACCUGUGCCACACUUACUGGCCAUGCUAUUCGUGCCUAUGGUGGUUAUGGUAUCACGCUUGACAACGGAUUUGCUCGUAAGCACAAGAUUAGUAAGCGAAUCUAUAACGCGGGACAUGUCCUGGGCGAUCCUUUUGAAAUCUCCACCUUACGUCGUGAAGAUGUCGAGUGUGUCAAGGGAGGUCGAUCCAGUGAAGACCUCGUGUCUGCAAACGACUUGGCUAGCACAAUGACUAACCGCGGCCAUCAGUACCCUGCUGGUUUCAUGUUGCAGGCUUCUGGAUUAGAUCAGUACGGGUUAGAUAACAGAGAAUUGUCUAUAGGUUACACUCAUUUGGACGUUGCUGGCUCUGCAGAACUCCUUGCCGGCGAGGGCUGGAGUAUACCUCGUGUUACUGGCUCUCCUGUCGCAGCACUUACUGGUGCUUUCCUUUUCUAA